CUGCUGGGCCAAUCCGAUCGGAGGGGCGAGUGGGCAGGUACGCGUGGAGCAGCCCCAAAGAACUGAGCAAGUAUGGCGGGCGGGGCCCGGGAGGUGCUUACCCUGCAGUUGGGACACUUUGCCGGUUUCGUGGGAGCGCACUGGUGGAACCAGCAGGAUGCUGCGUUGGGCUGCCCGACCGAUGCCGAGGAGCCACCGCGAGAGCUAUGCCCAGACGUCCUAUACCGGACGGGCCGGACCCUGCACGGCCAGGAGACCUACACGCCGCGACUCAUCUUCAUGGAUCUGAAGGGCAGUCUGAGCUCCCUAAAACAGGAAGGUGGACUCUACAGGGACAAACAGCUAGAUGCUGCAGUAGCAUGGGAGGGGAAGCUCACCACACACAAAGAAGAACCCUAUCCCAAGAAUCCUUAUCUCCAGGACCUUCCAAGUGCAGAGGAAAUGCUGAGUAGUGAUGGUGUCUGGAGGGUCAAAUCCGCUCCCAGUAGCAAAGGUCUCCCAUCACAUACCACUGCCAUAACUCCAAAACGACUCAUCCCCACAGAGGGCAGUAUCAGAGUCUGGUCAGACUUCCUCAGAGUCCAUCUCCAUCCCCGGAGCAUCUGUAUGAUUCACAAGUACAACCAUGAUGGGGAAGCAGGUCGACUGGAGGCUUUUGGCCAAGGAGAGAAUGUCCUGAAGGAACCUGGCUAUCUGGAAGAGCUGGAAGACAGGCUGCACUUCUACACAGAGGAGUGUGACUACCUGCAGGGCUUCCAGAUCCUGUGUGACCUGCAUGAUGGCUUCUCUGGGGUAGGCGCUAAGACAGCUGAGUUGCUACAAGAUGAGUAUUCAGGGCGGGGAAUAAUAGCCUGGGGCCUGCUCCCUGGUCCCUACAGUCUUCAGGAGCCCCAGAAAAAUAUCUAUCGUCUGUUAAACACAGCUUUCGGACUGGUGCACCUGACUGCUCACAGCUCUCUUGUGUGCCCCUUAUCCUUGAGUGGAAGCCUGGGCCUGCGAUCUGAGCCACCUGUCUGCUUCCCUCACCUGCAUUAUGAUGCCACUCUGCCUUUCCACUGCAGUGCUAUCCUGGCUACAGCACUAGAUACAGUCACAGUUCCUUACCGACUGCGUUCCUCUCCAGUUUCCAUGGUUCACCUGGCUGAUAUGUUGAGCUUCUCUGGGAGAAAGGUGGUGACAGUGGGAGCAACCAUCCCCUUCCCCUUGACUCUAGGCCAGUCCCUUCCUGAUACACUGGUUCAGCUUGGGGGAGCAACCCCAUGGACCCCUCUGUCUGCAUGUGGGGACCUAGCUGGAAUACGCUGCUUUGCCCAAUCAGUGGUACUGAGGGGUAUAGACAGAGCAUGCCACACCAGAAUAAAGGCGAUUUUGGCUUUGUUCUGGCAGUCAGCUCACCCCAGGGACACCUCUGCCCUCCCCACUUCAUGCGUGUGCCACGGGGAAAGAAGUCUUGGCCCAGUAUUUACAACAGCAGCAGCCAAGAGUCCUGAGUUCUUCCCAUCUGCUGCUGACUCCCUGCAAGGUGGUUCCUCCUUACCCCCACCUCUUCUCCUCAAGCCUCAGCAAGCAGGGCUUGAUUCUGGAUGGUCCCCGAACUGGAGCAGCAGUGGAGAGCAUCCCUGUGUUCGGGACCCUCUGUUCCUCUUCAUCCUUGCACCGGGCUCUAGGAGGCUUGGCCAAGAAACUCUCCAAACUCGACCUGCGGCGCUGGGCCAGCUUCAUGGCCACUGGAGUGGAACAGGAUGACAUGGAGGAGAUGCUGCAGGAGCUGUGCAGACUGGCCCAGUGCUAUCAGGAUGGUGACAGCCUCACAGACUAAAGUUACAAGAAGGAAAAAGAACUAGUUGCCAAUAAAAACUGCUGGAUGCAGGAGCUCAGUGUCUUGGGGCAGAGAAACUGUGUCUCAAGGCUCACUGUAUCAAUAUUUAUUACAUUUAGAAAUACUGUGAUUAGAUCACAGACCAAUAAAUAAGUACCAUUAGACAAAAAA